CCCGUCAGUUUCACCAAUCUGUUUGAGGCAGGAACCGGAGUGAACGCACCCGCAGAUGCCUUCGGUCAGUCUCCAGCGCACUUGGCUGCUUGCGGCGGCGAAGCUUUUUUCCUACUUUGGCAACUGCAGACAGGAGCAAAUUUGAACCAACAGGAUUGCCUUGGAGAAGCCCCGAUUCACAAAGCAGCAAAAGUUGGGAGUUUGGAAUGUCUUGCUCUCCUUGUUGCUGGCGAUGCCAAAAUUGACUUGUGCAACAAGAGCGGACAAACAGCAGCAGACCUUGCACUGGCUUAUGGCUUUCUAGAAUGUGCCAAGUUCCUCACAACAAUUCAGCACACCCAGACAAUGAAACUGAGAGGACAGGCUGGUUACUCACUGAGUGACAAUCGGGGCUUGCUGAGAGAGGAUCCAGCUGCACAGAAACAAGAAAGUGAAGCCAGCAGAUCCAUAAGCAGGAAGAGGAGAAGAUCAGAUGGUGUGUAA